UAUACUGAUAAGGAAGUUUUUAUUUAUUUAUUUAUUUGUUGUUGUCAGUACGUCAGGCUUAAAAUAAUCGUGUUGACAGGUAAUAGAACGAAAUAUUCUUUGGAGGGAACUAUUUUCAGCUUUUCACGUUUUCAUAUGUUCAGCUAGCUGUAACAACAACUUUAACAUUUCUAAUGCAUUCGGUAGCUUGCAGAACUAUUAUGAAUGCGUUGAAGGUCAUCACGAAAACAAAUGUACUUCGGACCGCAUCGUUAUUCUGUAGAAUUCCCAGGGAAAUGAUAAACAAGUCUUUCAGUACUUCGAGUAAUGUUCAAGAAGGCCAGGGAGAAAGAGCGCCGAGGCCUGUUCCAUUGUAUCGGAAUGUGGUGUCAGAAAGGACGGGUUCCGUGCUGGCCGUCGGAAUCAACCGCCCGGAGGCGCGAAACGCCAUGAACCAGGAGACGGCGCGGCUUUUGUUCCAGGAGCUCUCCGCAUUCGACGGCGAUCCCACACUCUCGGUGGCCGUGCUCUACGGCGUCGGAGGGAAUUUCUGCGCUGGUUAUGAUCUGAAAGAGUUGGGCCAUCACUCUGCCUCCCUCAAAUUGGAACAAGAUGUCACCAAAGGUCCUGCUCCUAUGGGUCCCUCCCGCAUGCAGCUGUCCAAGCCGAUGAUCGCGGCGGUCAGCGGCUACGCUGUAGCCGGGGGGCUAGAGCUGGCCCUGCUGGCCGAUCUGAGAGUGGUGGAGCAGAGCGCCAUCAUGGGGGUGUUCUGUCGCCGCUUUGGUGUGCCCCUCAUCGAUGGGGGGACGGUUAGGCUGCCCCGUCUCAUUGGGCUGUCCCGGGCCCUGGACCUCAUCCUGACAGGCCGGCCCGUGGGCGCACAGGAAGCUCUGGCAUUUGGACUGGCAAACAGAGUGGUCCCAGAUGGGCAAGCUCUCCAGGCUGCUCUGGAGCUAGCGGAGCAGAUCAGCUCCUUCCCCCAGCAGUGUCUCCGGGCCGACCGCUCAUCUGCCUACUACAGCUCCUUCGACGCCUCGUCGUUCUCCGAGGCUAUGCAGCGCGAGUUCGACCACGGCAAGCCCACGAUCCAGGCGGAAGCCACUGCCGGGGCCGCCCGGUUUAUCUCAGGAACGGGACGGGGAGGGGCGUUCUUCUAAAGCAACAUCGCCAAACGCUUCCCGUGCCUGCCAUUUUUGAUGUAAUGCAGCAAUGAUAGAGUUGCAAAUGAGGAUUGAGCAUGUAGGAUCUUCUCGCUUCUUAUUAAGUGGAUAAUGUCAGGCUACGCUGAGGACAAUGGAUUUUUACCUCCCCCAUUCUAGCAGGCCACACAUCAGACAAAUCAUGCAGCAGACUUAUAAACAGUCAUCAUAACGAGCACCCGUGGCACAUUUGUAAAGCGAAAUUCAUCGUGAUCCCAUGAUUAAAAGAUGGGGGGGGGGGGGCAGUGGCUGGGAAACAAAGACAGGAAGCAGUGGUAUGGAAAGCAGGCUGAGUUAUUACUGAAGGGCUUACAAUGAGCUUACAAACAGCCUCACCCACAAAAGCCAAGAGCGGCAGAGCUAGGCCCUGUAGGCCUGCAAAUGAAUUUAGCGUCGUUUGGCAACACAUUAGCCUUCACCGAUUGUGGCAGUACUUUGAAUCGGGCUCUAUGCGCUCUAAAGGGACAGUGCAGCCAAAGGUGGUCAUUAGCGUGUGCGAGUGGCACGCACGCCCCGUGGUGAUCCAGGCUGCCAUGACCGGGCAGGGGGGGAUGGGGUGGGGGGGAGAGAAAGUGAGCCGAGGGGCUGACCACACCUGCUGAGUGAGCAGCCAGCAGCCAGCGAGCGGGCCGGGGAACAUCGCUGUGACCCAUGUGAUAAUUAGGGCGAGAAGAGACUCCGUCUAGACAGCAUGAUCACAGGACGCGCUGGGUCUCCGCUGCCCUCCGGCUUCCUCUCUCCAAAGCCGCCUCUCCCCGUGCCCUCGCUUUGUGCCGCUUCCGCAGCGGGAGAAUAAAUCGCUCCAAAACUCGGGAUGAUUACUUGUGCUGUGUGUGUCUUUUAUUGGCUUGAAAUGUGAUUUAAUAAUGUAUUAUAAAGAGGCUUUAAAGGAUUUAAUCUGGUAUCUUGGUUAAAUUUCAAAACUGACUUUAUCCAUCUGCCUGACUAAUCUUCCCCAGUGCAGCUAAUUAGCAAUACAAUGCCUUGUCUUCCCUUCCCACCUCCAUUCUCCAGGUUGUCACUACAAAUGAUAACUGAAACCUAUUAAGUUCAAACAAAGUUUAAUAAAGAGAAAAUCAAAUGAU